AUGCCAUUCCAGGAGUUUGUACACGAAGUUAAUGAGAAUGGGGACAAAAUUCUGGUUAAAUCAUUAAAUUCAAAUACUCCAGUGAAUGUUCGCUUCACAAAUCAAACAUCGCGUCCGGUGAACGUGUGGUGGCGUGACUAUGAAGGGAGGCAAGUGUUCUACGGUCGGAUUGAACCCGGCGCGGUCCACGACCAAAGCACAUUCUUGACACACCCUUGGCAAUUUACGGAUGCGGGUACUGAGCAGUACUACGUGAUCGACAACAGGAGAGUAUUCAGGCCGCCGCCGGAGCUCGCGGGUCAGACCCCGAACUUCAACGUCACUGCACCCCAGUGUUGUCCUGCUGCCCAUUCUUGCUGUUCCUGUUGUCAUGCUGCACAACAACCGGUCUGCCAAAAGAUCUAUUAG